CUCUCUCUCUCACUGGUGCUCUGUCUCUCAUUCAUUCCUACACACAGGCUCACACACCUCCCCUCUCUUCUCUUUCUCUCUCUCAGAAUGAUGAUUCUAGGUACAGCUUUUGGUAUGGUUUUCUAUUUACUUCAAGUCGUUUCUGGAGAAAGUGGCUAUGCACAGAAUGGAGACUUUGAUGAUGCCGAACUGGAUGACUAUCCAUUCUCGUGUUACAGUCAGUUGGAAGUGGAUGAAUCCCAGCACUUGCUGACCUGUACUUUUGACGACCCAGAUGUCAACAGCACCAAUCUGGAAUUUGAAAUAUGUGGGGCUCUUUUGGAUGUGAAAUGCCUGACUUUUAAUAAAAUGCAAGAGAUGUAUUUCAUCAGGACAAAGAAAUUCUUACUGAUUGGAGACAGCGAAAUAUGUGUGAAGCUUAAAGGAAAAAAGAUAACUUGCAGGAAAAUGAAUGUAGUCAAGAUAGUUAAACCUGAGGCUCCUUUUGACAUAAGAGUCAUCUAUCGUGAGGGAGCAAAUGACUUUCUGGUGACAUUUAACACAUCUCACUUACAAAAGAAGUAUGUGAAAGAAUUAUUGCAUGAGGUAGCCUAUCGCCAGGAAAAACAUGAAAAUGACUGGAUGCAUGUGAACUUAUCCAGUACAAAGCUGGCACUCCUACAGAGAAAGCUACAACCUGAUGCAAUGUAUGAGAUUAAAGUCCGGUCCAUUCCUAAUCAUGACUAUUUUGAAGGCUUCUGGAGUGAAUGGAGUCCAAGCUUCCACUUCAGAACUCCAGAGAUCACAGGGAGGAUGGAUCCUAUUUUACUAACUAUUAGCAUUCUGAGUUUCUUCUCUGUGUCUCUGAUGGUCAUCUUGGCCUGUGCAUUAUGGAAAAAAAGAAUUAAACCUAUUGUGUGGCCCAGUCUCCCAGAUCAUAAGAAGACUCUGGAACAACUUUGCAAGAAACCAAAAAAGAAUUUGAAUGUGAGUUUCAAUCCUGAAAGUUUCCUGGACUGCCAGAUUCAUAAGGUGGAUGGCAUUCAAGCUAGAGAUGAAGCCGAAGGCUUUCUGCAAGACACUUCUCUGCCACAACCAGAGGAGUCUGAAAAGCAGAGGCUUGUAGGGGGUGUGCAGAGCCCCAUCUGGCCAUCUGAGCAUGCAGUCAUCACCCCAAAAACGUUCAGAGGAGAUUCACCCCUCGGAUGCCUGGCUGGGAAUGUCAGUAUGUGUGAGGCUCUUGUGCUCCCAUCUUCCAGACCCCCAGACUUCAGGGAUGGUGGCAAGAAUGGGCCUCAUGUGUACCAGGGCCUGCUGCUUGUCCCUGGAACUACAAAUGGCCCUGGGCCCACUCCAUUUCCUUUCCAAUCAGGAAUCCUGACAUUGAACCCAGCUGCCCAGGGACAACCCAUUCUCACUUCCUUGGGAUCGAGCCAGGAAGAAGCCUAUGUCACCAUGUCCAGUUUCUACCAAAACCAGUGAAUUUUCAGAAACCCAGGACUGGAACCAUGAUGACUGACAAAGAUGACUGAGCUCUGUCUACUCUUCCUCGAAGCACAAAGAAGACAGAAUUAAGGCAAGCCCUCUGUAUCAUCUACAGGAUUCAGAAGCAUGGCUUGGAUCACUCCUUUUCACUCCAGGGGCAUUUGUCUUGAGGCAGGAGCACUCUGCUUCAGGCAACCCAAAUUAUUCCAUUAUUUCAGGGAAAAAAAACAGGAAAGAAAGGAUGGAGGAGAGAAGGGAGGGGGUAGGAAGGCAGGAAGAGGGCAAGGAAAGAAAGAGGAAAAGGAGAACAAGGAUGAUAGCCAUCAUUGUUAAGACUUACUAUAUACCAGUGGGCUCUACAUAGCUUGUCUCCCUACAUCCUCAUAGUAAUCCCAGGCAUUGGUACAAUCAUUAUCAUCAUUAUUAUUAUUCUCUUUUUUAAUAGAUGAUGGAAUGGAGACUUGGAAGUAUGAAGUAACUUGUCCAUUUUGCUCCCCCCUCAGUGUGGGGUUUGAUGGUUGGGAGUCUAACCAUGGUUCCCCCCAAAGCAUGCACCUUCUUCUUGACUAGGGACUAUCCUAUUCUUGAGUGACAAACCCCACUAAUAACAAAUGGGGUGACUAUGUCAUUUAUUGUCCAAACUGGGUCAUUUUUGAAAGUGAAAGGAGGAGUUAUAAAUACUCAUUCCAGGACAACAAGCAUAAACCAGGAGUGUCCCAGACAGAGACAUGGCCACCAAACUAAAAACACUGAGAAAGAAAGGGUCACGUGAUGUAUGAACUACCAUGGCCAGCCAUGUCUACGAAAACUGAAGUUUGUUCCCCACAUAUCCCAUUCGAUUCUGUUUUUCUGAAAAAGUAGAAGCCCAGAAUUUCUGUUGUUAGUUAUCGAGAGCAUGAUUGUCUUGCUAAUACCACCCGGCUGCAUCCAUCUGAAAUAGAAGAACCUGUUGCCAACUCCAGACACAGGUGCAUUUGAGCAAUGAGCCAGGAAUAACACUUCUCUGUGUGUAGAGACUGCCCCAAUCCAAAUGCAUCCACAAAUUGUCCUGAGUUUUAUACCUGUGGAUGUUGCCACAAGCUUCAGGGAGAAGAGUUAUAAGCACAUGCAGUGAGUGAGCCGACUGGGGCCAUGUUCUUGAAGGUAAAGAACAUGCAUUUCUUGGUUUACAUGAAUUUUUAGUGACGAGCUCAAACCAAGUCAAGGCAGCUGAGAAAUCUCAGCUCAGAGGAGUGCUGCCAACACCCAUCCCACAGCCCCCCAGACCAUGGACAGAUGCAGAACCACACAGAGCAGCAGAGGCACAGGAAGUAAUGAAGGGCAUAGUUCAGAGUUUUGUUUUGUUCAAGGGGUUGUUUCCAUUGUUUUUGUUUACAUUUCACACCUUUUUGUCCUGUUUUUAGUUUUUGGAGGGCUAAGUGUUUUUAAGUUUUCAAUUUUCUUGUUUGUUUUGUUUUGUGAUAUCUGUAAAGCGGGUUUUAAAUUUUGGACUAAAAUCAUAUCUGUUGGCUUUGAGGCCUAAUGAUAAUAAGAUCAUUUACUCCUCUGUUGGCCAUUGUACUUUCCAAAUCCUUUUCUCUGAAUCAGUAGUGAUGAAUAUAAUCUCUUAUUCCCUUAGAUUUGUUAGUGCUUUUGUGAUUUUCAAAGCAUUUCCCUAAGCAUUAUCCCUUUCAUUUCCUUGGCAAGUAUUCAUGGAAAGCCUGCUAUGUGCCAGCCACAGGGUUAGGUGAAUAAAGUUGGGGACCCUGCCCUCAUAAGGUGGAAAAUCUGAUAAAAGUGGCAACUUUGUAAACAAAUGAUCCAAUAACACAAAGUGCUAUAAUAGAGGCAUGUUCAGGGUGCCCAAUUGCAGACAGUCAGGGAAAAUGCCAGACAAGUGAUAUACAUCUGUGUGGCAGGAAAGCAGAACCUACCUGGUGUGUCAGCCCUAGAAGACAUUUUCCACCAGGUGGACGUGUGUUCUUUACCUUUUGUAGAAAUGGGAACUAGGUCUCAAAGAGGAGGUUAUCACAGGAAAUCCCAUGCCAACCUGGGUGUCCUAUACCUUAUUCACAGAGGUCCUAUGAGGUGUGUUGUUGUCAUCUUUAACUUCUGGGGAAAUUGGAACACAGAAACCUUACAUGUUAAUUCAGGACUGGAAGCCAUAAGUUUGUUCCCCUGAUAUAAUAGACAAUCUCUUGAAGAAAUAAGGAGAUAAGUCUCGAUAAAGAUCAAAGCCACCCCUGCUCUAAAAUCCCAUGUUUCAGUAUUUUGGGGCACAGGUUAUUAUUUGAAUUUAGUGUGUGAACGUCUAUCUGUUACUGGAGGGAUUUAAAAUCCAUGUAUUAUACUCUUAUAAUCAUAAUUGCUGCUAAUGAUUGAUUUUAUACUCAAGGACAAGGUAUAAUGUCAGAUUGCAAGUUUGUUCCCACCAACCUCCUUUUUCAUUUCAUUAGGAAAGAAAAAUUGGUCUCAGACACAAUGCAUAAGUCAGAAGCGUUAACUGCUAGUUCUGUAGAGCAUGAAAUGAGAACCGGUAAACAGGCAGCUGAUUUGGGCAAUUAAACAAUCUUGGCUGGGUCUAGGGAGCCCCUGGAUUAUUCGACUGAUUUUCCACUAGCCUUUGCCUCUCCUAUCAUUCUAGUUUCCAUGCAAAUUUCCUUCAGAAAAGCCAAGUAGAGGCUAUUUCAGAUGUGCAUAUUGUGUUUCCAUAGCACUUCUGGAGAGGCUACAAGACGGAACCAGCAGGAAGGUGGUGAGAAUAUGUGGUCAAGACAUCUGGAAUGGUGCAGAUCAGAUGGCCUUUGUGUCAGCUCAGUGGUUUUUUUCUGGGGUUUUUCUAAAAACUACCCAUCAUUCACUACAGUGAAGGUCUCUGAUUUGACCAUGUACCUCCCAUAUGCAUUACAAACAUUUUGCAGAGCUGCUAAGUAUACGACUAUCCAACGUGUGUCACCAUCUCAUAUUUAAUUAAAUGCUAUGGAACUCUCUGUGCCUGUGCUUGUCUUCUGUGAAGAAUAGGGACAGAAUAGGCCACAGACCUCCUCAACCACUGAAAACAUUCUGGUGUCACUUGCUGUCAUUUUAUAUUUGGAUUUUCAGAGGAAUGUCACUCAUCGAUUAAGUAAUUAAUUCACAAGUUAAUGAAUUAAACAGCAAUUUGUUGAA